GGAACAGCAAAAUAUAAGCAUGAAAAAUAUUUACGAAAUUCGCACUCACAGAAGGCUACUAACAUUUGUAAUUGAGAAUUCGUUUCGGAAUUAGCAAGUACACAUUGCUUGCGCAACUCGAAGAUGCUGCACGCAGUAAUCCUGUUCGCCGCUUUUGUUGCAGUGGAAAGCUACACAUGCGUGCAACGUUCCGUCAGACCAGAUGCUAUCGUAUGCGUCUGCAACUCGACGUAUUGUGAUACAAUAGACGAGCCAAUAUUGCAAGCAAAUCAGUUUCAGUUAUACACUUCCACAAAAAGUGGCCAGAGACUGCAGCUCACUAUCGCAAACUUUUCCAACGAGUCCGCAAAUGGAACACUUCUUAUAGUGGACAGUAAAAAAAAGUAUCAAAAGAUACAUGGAUUUGGCGGAGCACUGACUGACGCUGCUGCACUCAACAUUAGAACUCUCAGCAAUGCCACUCAACGAAAAUUACUCGAAACGUAUUUCGGUGCCGAUGGUCUCGGAUAUACGUAUGUUCGUAUACCUAUCGCGGGUACCGAUUUCUCGACGAGACCAUAUACGUACGACGACACACCCGGUGACACUACGUUAACUAACUUCAGCCUUGUGGAGGAAGAUGAUUACAAAAUUGAGUAUAUAAAGCAAAUAAAGAGUAUCAUGCCCGAUCCAGAGAGCCUAAGAAUAUUUACCACAUCGUGGUCCGCUCCGCCAUGGAUGAAGACAAGCAAUAAAAUAACAUGGGGUUUCCUGAAACGUAGUUAUUAUCGGGUUUACGCUAAUUACAUCAAGAAGUUUUUCGACGCGUAUAAAGAACGUGGCGUAGAAAUAUGGGGCAUGACGCCGGGUAACGAACCGUUGGACGGAUUUCAGCCACUUAGCCGUUUUAACGCUAUGGCAUGGAAACCCCAGACGGUGGCGUUCUGGUCUACACAUUAUCUAGCUCCGACUUUAAGCAAGGCCGGAUACAAUCCUGUCUAUAUGGCACUGGACGACCAGCGCUUCGAAUUACCGUGGUAUGUUGCCGAGAUGUUCAAAGACGAAAACGCUAAAAAAUUGUUCGACGGUAUUGCAAUCCAUUGGUACGCAGAUCUGUUCUUUUCUCCGUCUAUACUCACUCAAACGCACGACAAGUUUCCAGACAAGUUUAUGCUAAUGACCGAAGCAUCCACUGGUAGUAAUCCUUUGAACAGAAGACGUGUAGUUUUAGGAUCGUGGACGGAAGCAGAACAGUACAUCUUAGAUAUUAUUGAGAACUUAUCGCAUUGGGUGAGCGGUUGGAUAGAUUGGAAUAUAGCACUCGAUAAGAAUGGUGGACCAAACUGGGCCCAAAAUUUUGUGAAUUCCCCUAUUUUCGUUAUGCCGGAAAACGAUGAAUUUUAUAAACAACCUAUGUAUUAUGCAAUUUCUCACUUUAGCAAGUUUGUGCCACGCAACUCGCACAGAAUUUCAUUCACGGACUUUAAUAACAACAAAGACGUUAAGAAGAUAGCUUUCUUGACACCCGAUCAGCGAGUUAUCAUUGUGUUCAUUAACAAAGGUGAUAAACUUGUCGAUAUAACAGUCAAAGACAAGUAUACAGACAACUUCACUAUAACUGCACAACUACCUGGAAAGUCUUUCAGUACGUUACAAUAUUUUGUAUAAUACAACUUUAAUAUUGUGCUAUGCUUUGUGUAAAUUCUUUUAAAAAGAAUAAAGGUAAAUCACGCAUUGUACGAAAAUAGACAUAUUAUUGUUUAAAUUGAUAAUUGUCUUGUAAUUAUUGCCACAUUUCUACAUUCAACUAUGCGUGUACUUUUGUGUACAUUCUUAAAGUUUUUAACAAUAAUGCGUAAUGCUUACCAAUGCAUGCUUCGGUCAUUAGCAUAAACUUGUCUAGAAACUUGUCGUGUGUUUGAGUGAGUAUAGACGGAGAAAACAGAUCUGCGUACCAAUGGAUUGCAAUACCGUCGAACAAUUUUUUAGCGUUUUCGUCUUUGUACUUGACAUCAUCUUUUUAAAUGUAACUUUUACAAA